GAUCUUCUGAAAGUAUCCGAGUCUGCGACUUGCAUUCUGGCACGAUACAAAGACGGGUCCCGGUUCUUGAUCCUGACGAGAGUCGAACGCAUACAGUCAGCGUCCUCUGUGAGAGGCUCACGGAGCGGUUUCGGACCCGCUAGAAACUGUAGCAGACGCAGGCCGUGGUCAAUCCGGGCCCAAGGAUCGGAAACAUGCACCCAGCGCUGCUAAUCCUGCUGGCGUGCUUGAUCACGCAGAUCAUCAGCUGGCUUGGGAAGGAGCGCCUUCUUGACUUUUUCCACGCUGGCUACGUCAACAUCUUCCACCGAUCGACUGUUACUAAGCGAGCAGCACUGCGCAACGAAAUCUAUGCAACCAAGCAAGAGCUCAAUAAGACUAGCAGUCAGGAUGAAUUCGCCAAGUGGGCUAAGCUGCGCAGGAAGGUGGACAAGAGCCUGAACGAGCUAGAAGUGAUCAACUCAUCACUUGCCUCUACACGGUCGUCCUUUUCAUUCCUAUUCAAGGCAGCUAUGUUCAUCUUCACGACCGGAGUUCCAUUUGUGAUCACGACGUACCACCGCAAGACAGCUGUCUUCUACCUCCCACCCAGUGACUGGCUCGGCCCGCUAGGGUGGGUGCUUAGUCUGCCUAGCGCUCCAAAGGGCGCGGUUAGCGCUACCUUUUGGUCGGCAGCAUGCAAGCGCGUCUUAGCGCUACUAGAAGCGCGCUUCAAGGACAUCUUCUCGCCAGCGCAGACAGCUCCUGCAACAGCAGCAAGUGAAGCGGCGCAGGGAAUACCGCUUCAAUUUAAAGCAGACGCGCCGUCCAAUGCUGGGGCUGAAGGCAAGGAGAGGGGCGGUUCCGCGGCGGCAGCAGCAGGGACAGCGACAGGAAGCACAUCCUCUAGCGCAAGCGUUGAAACGGCGGCAAGGAGGCGAAAAGCGAAAGCUGAAGCGGGAGUGGGAGACGAGUAGCUAGUCAUUUCUAUCUGAAAAUGCACCACACAAACAAAUCUGAUAACCCUGUGCGUAACUGAGAAGCAUUCAAGGUACUGCUAUCUGCUCAAUCACAU